CACUAUUUAACAGGUCUAGUGGAGAGAGAGACAGCAUAGCAGGGCAGAGAUGGGGAUGGCCGGAGUGGCAGCUCGAUCCGCGAAGCUCAGCACCAUCUGUUGUUCCGCCGCACACUUGCCUUCCAUGCGCGCCUCCUCCUCCUCUCCUCCCCUCUCCCGCCAGAUUACCAUGGCUGCCCAAAGUCUCGCUGCCCGGUUGAAAACUUCAGGCCUAUUACGGAGUCAGGGGCUCAUUGGAGGGAAAUGGGUUGAUGCAUAUGAUGGCAAAACUAUCAAGGUGCACAAUCCAGCAACUGGUGAAGUUAUCACAGAAGUACCCUGCAUGGGCUCACGAGAGACAAAAGACGCAAUAUCUUCUGCCUAUGAUGCAUUCCAAUCUUGGAGCAAAGUGACUGCGGCUGAGAGGAGCAGACAUCUAAGAAAAUGGUAUGAUUUGCUAAUCUCCCACAAAGAAGAGUUGGGACAAUUGAUAACUUUAGAGCAAGGGAAACCAUUGAAGGAGGCCAUUGGAGAGGUUGGCUAUGGGGCUAGUUUUAUUGAGUUCUUCUCCGAGGAGGCAAAACGUGUAUAUGGAGAUAUCAUUCCGGCACCAAUAGCUGGUCGUCGAUUGCUUGUGUUGAAGCAGCCUGUUGGUGUUGUUGGUGCAAUUGCUCCAUGGAACUUUCCAUUGGCUAUGAUUACUCGAAAGGUUGGCCCAGCUCUUGCUUGUGGCUGUACAGUUGUUAUAAAGCCCUCGGAGCAUACACCUCUUACGGCUUUAGCUGCAGCUGAGCUUUCCCUUCAGGCUGGAAUACCACCGGGUGCUGUUAAUGUAGUUAUGGGGAAGGCUUCUGAUAUAGGAGAUUCUCUACUGGAAAGCUCUCAGGUCAGGAAAAUUACAUUUACUGGCUCAACAGCUGUCGGGAAAAAGUUGAUGGCUGGCGCAGCUGCAACGGUUAAGAAGGUAUCUCUGGAGCUUGGCGGGAAUGCACCAUGCAUAGUGUUUGAUGACGCGGAUGUGGAUGUUGCUGUAAAAGGAACUCUUGCUGCAAAGUUUCGCAACAGCGGACAGACCUGUGUUUGCGCAAACAGAGUCCUUGUACAAGAAGGCAUAUAUGAAAAAUUUGCGACUGCAUUUUCCAAAGCUGUUCAGAAUCUGCAAGUUGGCGAUGGCUUUAGUGAAGGCGUUGCUCAGGGUCCUCUAAUCAAUGAAGCUUUACUACACAAGGUUGAAUCAUUUGUUGAAGAUGCUAUAUCCAAGGGUGCCAAAAUCCUUCUUGGAGGCAGAAGACAUAGCCUGGGAAGGACUUUUUAUGAGCCUACAGUUAUGGGUGAUGUAACAAGCGAGAUGCUUAUUUCAAGAGAGGAAGUAUUUGGGCCAGUAGCUCCACUUGUGCGUUUUCGAACUGAGGAAGAAGCUAUCCGCAUGGCUAAUGACACCAAUGCAGGUCUGGCUGCUUAUGUUUUCACCAGCAAUGUUCAACGUACAUGGCGUGUCACUGAGGCCCUUGAGUAUGGUUUAGUUGGGGUUAAUGAAGGAUUAAUCUCAACAGAGGUGGCUCCUUUUGGUGGCGUCAAACAGUCUGGUCUUGGACGGGAAGGCUCAAAGUAUGGAAUUGAUGAAUAUCUGGAACUAAAAUAUGUGUGCCUUGGAAACAUGGAACACUAACUGAUGAGCAAGGUCUUGGAAUGGACUAUUGGUCAUCCUACGUCCAGGGGCACAGUAGGCCCUCCUUCCGUGUAUCCGAUACUUCACAUGCUUCCAGCGAGUCACCGCCCCCUUUCUGAAGAGAGCGUGAGGAAGACUGCAGCAUUAAGGCUUUGUAUCUUGUUGUGUUUGUACGUGAAUAAGGACAGAUGGCCAUCUCCAUUCCAUAGCAGAGGAAAAAUUUCAGAAACCUUGAAGUUCUUUUCUUGGCGAGACAGCAAUCUCAUGCUCUAGUUUUUCUUCUUUAAUUGCAA